AUGAUCUCCUGGUUCUCACGAGCGCGUAGGUGUGCUCGGAUCUCAUUUUGGGUACCGUUAGAGUCCCGAACGGAUAUCGCAUAUCGUGUAUUUUCCGGGAUCGCUAGGUUUGGACCGUUGGAUGGUCCUGAAAUCGUAAAACGGAGUCCCGGAUACUCUGGAAAUGCCAACCCUGGGGUUAGGGUUUUAGUAACCGUCCGAUCGCGUGAUCGUGAGCGAUCCGACCGUCCGAUCUGGACCAAACUUGCAGGACAUGUGUCCUAG